ACCCCGGGGGCUCCGCCAUCAGGAUGGUGGCGGAGGCUCUUGCGCCCCGGCUGCUGAAGAUUGCGCAGGGCGCCGCGGAGGCUGCAGCGGCGGCGGCGACUUCUCCGUCCUCCUCCAGUCAGCCGCAGGUCAUGGAGACGAACGGGACCCGGUGCGGGGAGCAGAUCCUGAGCUACGGCCGCGUGGAGAAGGUCUUGAUCGGCGCGGUGCUCACCAUGCUCACCCUGUCCACCAUCUGCGGGAACCUGCUGGUGGUCAUCUCCGUGUGCUUCGUGAAGAAGCUGCGGCAGCCCUCCAACUACAUGAUCGUGUCCCUGGCCGUGGCCGACCUGUCGGUGGCUCUGGCCGUGAUGCCGUUCGUCAGCGUCACGGAUCUGAUCGGGGGUCAGUGGUUCUUCGGUCAGGUCUUCUGUAACGUCUUCAUAGCCAUGGACGUGAUGUGCUGCACCGCGUCCAUCAUGACUCUGUGUGUGAUCAGCAUCGACAGAUAUCUGGGGAUCACCAAACCUCUGACCUACCCCGUCCGGCAGAACGGCUGCUGUAUGGCCAAGAUGAUCGUGUCUGUGUGGCUGCUCUCUGCCUCCAUCACCCUCCCCCCUCUGUUCGGGUGGGCGCAGAACGUCAACGAUGGCAGAGUCUGCCUGAUCAGUCAGGACUUCGGCUACACCGUCUACUCCACGGCUGUGGCCUUCUACAUCCCCAUGUCGGUGAUGCUGAUAAUGUACUACAGGAUUUACAGAGCAGCCAAACUCAGCGCGGCCAAACACACCAUCACCGGGUUUCCCAGGGAAGAGGAGGAGAGCCUGGACUGCACGUCAGCGGCACUGCAGCUGCAGCGGGAGGUGGAGGAGGAGUGCAGCGCGCGAGUGUCCUGCCUCCUCAAGACCGGCGAGCACCACCAGCGCCGGAAAAGGAAAAACCAGUCCAUCUUCAAACGGGAGCAGAAGGCCGCCGCCACACUGGGCAUCGUGGUCGGGGCCUUCACCUUCUGCUGGCUGCCGUUCUUCUUGGUGUCCACCGCCAGGCCCUUUGUCUGCGGGGUGGAGUGCAGCUGCGUGCCGCUCUGGCUGGAGAGGACUCUGCUGUGGCUCGGUUACGCCAACUCUCUCAUCAACCCCUUCAUUUACGCCUUCUUCAACCGCGACCUGAGGACCACCUACAGCAACCUGCUGCGCUGCCGCUUCAGGAACAUCAACAGGAAGUUGUCGGCGGUGGGAAUGCAUGAGGCUUUGAAACUGGUGGUGAAACCAGACUCGGACGUGUGACCCCCGCUGGUCCGUCCGUCAGCGUCGCUGCAGAGGACGACCACCAGGGACAAGCUGCACUGUGGCUCCUCCCCUGAACCUGUGCGGGGGGAGGAGCCAGGACGCUGGGAUCACAUGGCUGCACAUCUUUCACUCUGAUGACGGAGGGAGAGUUUGACUCACUGCAGAUGAACUGUUGUUCACCGUGCUGCGUUCAAACCUCCUCAACAGCCUGAUGCAUGAUAUUGUUGCUGAAGUUGGUAGAACUACACACUGACACUACACACACCUUUUCAUCUUGUAUUUUCAUUUUGAGCCAAGGAAAACCUGCCCUCACAAAACGAGAGGAAAAAAGAUGGAGUCUUGAGCGUGAUUGGUUCUAACAGUUUUUCACCUUGUGUCCACGCUCAUCAAGGUGACACUGUGUGUGUCACGGACUCGUAACACAAGUUACAAUUAAAACACACCUGACAUGUAAGAAAUGACACAAUCAAUCCACCGGGUGUCACUUUAUAUCUUUGUCUGUAACACUAGUGUUAGAGGUGAAUGUGAUACAACCUGCUCCUGCUGCCUCCAUCCGUUCUAAGAUCUAACCUGAGAUUCACCUGAACGUCUGCUGGAAUCAGAAGUUGAUGGAGUCUCAGUUUGAACAGUUUGUGUAGAGCUCUGCAGGAACGAGUUGUGUCUUUGUACUUUCUGCAAGUUGAGUGUGAACUCAAACACAUUUGACUUUAAAACAUAACAGAGAUUUACUUCAGCUUCCAGAGACAAUUACCUGCCCCUGCCAUAAGAGGGCAGUAAACUAUGAAAUCAUCAGGUCCUUUAUAAACCUGGAUUAAAACAGAGGCUGUAAAUAAAGAUGGAUGACAUCACAGCUCGCCAAAAGUGAGGCUAAAUCCUCUUGAUCACCCUCUAGUGGCGAGCUGCAGUAUAUGCCACAGACCCCGCUUUCUUCAUACUGAGGUAUCAGGAUUGGUAGCUGAGACUGAUCCGGGAUUGGUUGAUCACAAGAAUGGGCGGGACCCUGAUAACAUGGCUUCUUGAUUGCUACUGCAAAUACUCCGAAUGAUGUCAUCACCACAAGAGCUUCAUCGCUGGAGGACGUGUCUUAUCGCCGUUGGGUUUUUACGUUAAAUAAAGUAAAAACCAUCAUUAGACUGACACUGUCAGACCGACACUAAGAGGAGGAGCUUCCACAGAAGAGCUCAGCGACCAAUCAGAUAAGAACGAGCUGAUUGACAGAUAUAGAGAGAAGCAGCAGAUUGUUCAUUUCAACAGUUUCAUUGAUAAAUAACUGAAAGUCUUAAGGACAGGUUUAAACUGUUUGUUUAAUUAAUAUUAAUGAGAUGUAACAUUCAAAACCAAACAAUUCCUUCAGUCUCUGGAAAAAGAUUUUCUAAAAUCAGGUAUUUGCUCUCACAUCAGACCUGAUGAUGGGCUUUGAUUGACAGCAGCCCGACUCCUCCCCCUGAGAAACGUGACGUGGAAACAUAAAGUCAGAAAAACAACUCUGUUCAAACUGAAACUGUCAGAAUCAAUCUUCACCGGCUGAUUAAGAAAAUAAUUAAUCUGUUAUUAGAAUCCCUGUCAAUCACUUCUAAUGAGAUUCAUUAUUUAAUUGACUAAUCUUUAUUGACAGUUAUUCUAAAUCUUCUGAGGUGUGGAACUCACUCUGCUGUUAACGAGUUCUACGUGAGGUCAAAGGUCAGCUCGGAGCACGAGUCGUUCACAAGCUCCUCCCACUGAGACUCACAGCUGAAGGCACAGGUUCACUUUGAGAUGCAUAUUAAAAUGACGAUUGAUUAGAAGCUGGUGAGACAAGAGGAGAUGCUCUACAGCCUGUGGAGGCUCAGUACCAGCUGGGACCUGCUCAGGCCUGUGUCUGGCACUGUGUUAAUAUUCAUGUGAAGAGCGAUUAGAGAAAAAGAGGUUUUAAUUCUCAUGAUUCUACAGUGUUGUUGUUAUUGUUGUAGUUGUUGUUGUUGUCUUUAAUACUUCCAGGAUACACAGACUGUAUACCGAUCCACCAGUGUUAGAACGUCUGCUCGGACACGGAAUCUCUUUAUUCAUAAAUUGUGUGCUAAAAUAUUCCCAGAUAAUUAACUUUGGAGCUGAUUGGUCAAAGGUCAGAUUUCAAGGUCAACAAAAAUAUGUACAGAAACACUUGUUUCAUAAUUUCCUCAGAUUAAAUCCUGAAUGAGCAAGAAGACGUUUGAAAGAAGAGAAAUCCCC